CUCCAAGAAAGAAACAAUCUAUCUCGUCGUCACAUUCUCUCUAUCCACCCAACUCAAAAGUUUCCUCCUUUUUAAUUGCGGCUUUACUUUUUUUUAGCUCAAAGAUCCACAUUGCAGAGUUUCCUUGUAAUCUGAAGAGUUAGCUUUCAAGUGUACAUCGAAAGUUCGAAACUUGAGAUCUGUUUGAUUUAAAUGGAUGAUGAGAUUGUAAUGUGUUAGAGAGUGAGAGUUGUCGGUUCAUAUACUCUAAUCAGUCUUCGAUCUUUUUUUUUUGUUUAAAUUAAUUAGUACUGAGAGAGAGGUUAUAAGAAAGAGGUCGUGUUAAUCCCUUCGAAAUGUGUGGUUGACUUAAGAGUGAGAGAUUCUGGAUUUUUUCGAGGAGAGUAAUAAAUGUUCUUCCCUGUUUUUGCGUUCUGAUUUACAUAUUUUGAGAUCUGGGCUCAUUAUUAUUGCUGCAGAGAGAGAAAGAGAGAUUCUUCUUGUUAUCCGAGUAGACUAUUUCUAUAUUUGUAUUUCUCCGGAGCAAGAUUCAAGUUGAUGAAAUCCUGUUGUGAGGAGUCAUAUGCAUUUAGUAAUGUGUAAAGCGGAGAAGUUUCUAUACAACAAGAAGCUUUGGGAGAUGAAGGUUAAGUAUCUAGGAGACAGCAAGAUUGACAAGUUCAACAACUCCUUGGUUUCCAGGUCUCGUAUGAGCCUUUGGAUGAUUCGUGCUAUCACCAUAUUGUUGCUAUGGAGUUGUUUUGUUCAUUUGGUGGCUGUGGGAGGGAUGUGGGGACCUAGAUUGUUGAAAGGAUGGCCUUCUUGUUUCAUUAGUCACCAUGAUCUCCCAAUGGCUGCACCAGAAAUGACUUCUCUUCCCAUCAAAAUAGCCCUCCCUCCUAAAAGGAUAUAUCAGAACAAUGGCUAUCUUAUGGUUUCUUGCAAUGGAGGGCUCAACCAAAUGCGAGCAGCGAUAUGUGAUAUGGUCACCAUUGCAAGAUACAUGAAUGUCACACUAAUUGUACCAGAGCUUGACAAGACCUCUUUUUGGAAUGAUCCAAGUGAGUUCAAAGACAUAUUUGAUGUGGAUCAUUUCAUAACUUCUCUAAGGGAUGAGGUUCGUAUACUCAAAGAGCUUCCUCCAAGGCUUAAGAGAAGGGUUGAGCUCGGUGUGUACCACACCAUGCCUCCUGUUAGCUGGUCCAACAUGUCCUACUACCAAGACCAGAUUCUUCCCCUGGUGAAGAAGCACAAGGUCUUACAACUGAACAAGACCGAUACUCGUCUAGCGAAUAACGAACUUCCUGUUGAGGUUCAGAAGCUGAGAUGCAGAGUAAAUUUCAACGGGCUUAGGUUUACUCCAAAGAUUGAAGAAUUAGGUAGAAGAGUAGUCAAGAUUCUGAGGGAGAAAGGUCCCUUUCUUGUUCUACAUCUCAGAUACGAAAUGGAUAUGCUUGCAUUUUCUGGUUGCUCACAUGGUUGCAACCGCUAUGAAGAAGAAGAACUCACAAGAAUGAGAUAUGCUUAUCCGUGGUGGAAAGAGAAAGUAAUAAACUCAGAGAUGAAGAGGAAAGAAGGUCUUUGCCCCUUGACUCCAGAAGAAACAGCUCUUACACUAUCUGCCUUAGGCAUUGACCGUAAUGUUCAGAUUUACAUAGCUGCUGGAGAGAUAUACGGUGGUAAAAGGCGUUUAAAGGCUUUAACAGACGUCUUUCCUAAUGUGGUCAGGAAAGAAACUCUGCUGGAUUCCUCUGAUUUGAGUUUUUGUAAGAACCAUUCUUCUCAAAUGGCUGCUCUUGAUUACCUCAUCUCUUUGGAAAGUGAUAUAUUCGUUCCUACUUAUUAUGGGAACAUGGCCAAAGUUGUGGAAGGUCAUCGCAGGUUCUUGGGUUUCAAGAAGACGAUUGAUUUGAACAAGAAGUUCUUGGUUAAUCUAAUAGAUGAAUACUAUGAAGGACUGUUGAGUUGGGAAGUGUUUUCAACUAGGGUGAAGGCCUUUCACGCUACAAGAAUGGGAGGUCCCAAGAAGCGGCUUGUGAUUCCAAAUAAACCGAAAGAAGAAGACUACUUCUAUGCGAAUCCAUAUGAAUGUCUUCAGCUGUUACAUGAGAAUGAUAAUGGCAGUUCAUUAGAUGAAACCAUUUGAUCAGAUCAUUUUCAUCUCUGUUAGAUAUGGGUGAUGCAGGACAUGGAUGGGUGAAUAAUGAAGUUAUCAAUCUUGAGGAUAAGAUUUUUUUAAAGAGGUUAUGUAGGGUUCUUUGGUGUACAGAGACACCUGAAGAGCUUCCAUGGAUGUUGUAGGAAGAAUGGUUGAAUUUUCAUUGUAAAGUUUGCAGAUUUGUCAUUUGGCACCAUCACCUCAUUCAUGGACUUCAGUUUUGUAGCUGAAAAAUAAACAAAGCAGUGUAUAAUUAUGUUACACAUUAUUAUAAUUAUUUGAAAAUAAAUGUGG